AUGAGUGGUUCAGAGUGUUCAGACACGUCAGGGCCUUCAACGCCAAAAAAAACUCGUGCCAUCAGAAAUGAACUAUCAAAAUCUGAAAAAAAAAGGACAAACAGGAAGUUGUUUCGACAAGAAUGGUUGACAAUUGAUAAAUUUAAAAAUUGGCUGGCUGAGGUUCCAAACGAUCAAACCAAAGCUAAAUGCAAAGCAUGCAAUAUUAUUGUGGCAUGUGGUAAAAGUGAACUGGAGAAACAUAAUAAAGGAAAAAAACACAAACAUAACAUCCAAAGCUUAAAAGGUACAUUUAAAUUAGAUACUCUAUUCAGUGGUUCACCUCAAAACAGUCAAGUCACUAAAACCAAAAACCAGUCUAAACUAGCUGAAAUAAAAAUAUCAGCUUUUUUUGCUGAACAUAACAUUGCUUUCCAUUUAAUAGACCACCUUACACCACUUCUGAAAGGAGUUUUUCCAGAUUCUAAGGUAUGUAGUGAUAUGGAACUUCACCGUACUAAAUGUACUAGUAUCAUUAAUAACAUAAUUGCACCUGUUGAAGUGUCUGAUUUAGUUGAUUUACUUAAAAACAACCCCUUCUCGGUUUUAGUCGAUGAAAGUACUGACUUAACGUGUCAUAAGUUUUUAUGUUUACUUGUACGAUUUGUUCAUCCAAUCGAAGGUACUGUACAUACCAAACUACUAGAACUUGUGAGCAUAGACGCUAAAGAUUGUUCUGCUCAAGCAAUCUUUAGUGAGUUUAAGCAAUGUUUAGGUGAUAAAAAUAUACCCUUGGAAAAUAUUAUUGGUGUAGCUUGUGACGGUGCUAGUGUUAUGGUUGGUAAACACAAUUCAUUUAUGACACAUAUCACCAAAGCAUCACCUGAUGUGAUAACAAUGCGCUGUAUAUGCCAUUCAUCGGCAUUAAUAGCAAGUAAGGCAACCGCACAGUUACCAAGAUCAGCAGAGCAUAUGAUUAGGUCGAUAGCAUCAUAUGUAUCUGGUAGUGCUAAAAGAUCCGCUCAAUUAAAUGAGAUACAAGACUACUUUGAUGGACAACGUAAGCAAAUAUUAAAGUUAGCAGAUACCCGGUGGUUGGCUAUGCACCAAUGCGUUGUAAGAUUACUGGAAUGUUGGGAAAGUCUUACUCAAUAUUUCCAAAUUGCAAAAUUUGAAGAUAAAUUGAAAUCUGCAGAAAACAUUCAUUCAGAACUUCUAAACCCAUUUACCAAAUGUUAUUUUCAUUUUUUAAAAUUUGUAUUGGAUUACUUCAACAAAUUCAACAGUUUAUUUCAGAGCCGUUCAAUUAUAAUACAUAAAUUGUUUAGUUUAUCGCUGAGUUUAAUUAAAUCCAUAACUCAAAAUUUUAUCAAACCAAAACUAAUAACAGACAAUAUUUUUAAAAUUGAUUUCAAUAGUAAAUUAAAUCAAUUACCAAUACUUGAAGUUUUUGUUGGGACUGAAUGUCAAAAUGUAUUAAAUUUACAACCCGAAAACCAAAUAAUUCUUUUUAAAGAAAAAUGUUUGAACUUUUAUAUUACUGCUGCUCAAGAAAUUGUGAAAAGAUUGCCUCUCGAUAAUGCCCUUAUUCAUGAACUAACUCUCAUUGACCCUAAUAUAGCUCUGAAUUUAGAAAACCGAACAGAUAUGAAUAAUUUUCCUUUUUUAAUAUCAAAGUUUCGAAAAUAUAUUAAUGAAGAUAAAGUUAUUGAGGAAUGGCGCCAACUUCCGUGUGCAUUUAAUUUAAAAGAAAUAGAACACCUAAAAUCUUUAAAUAUAGCGGAAAUGUGGCAUGAAUUAUCUCUACUAAAAGAAUAUGUUGAUAAUAGCCCAAGAUUUUUUAACAUUUGCAAACUUGCAAAACUGGUACUGGCAUUGCCUCAUUCCAAUGCAGAGGCCGAAAGGGUAUUUUCAAUAGUGACUGAUGUCAAAACAAAAAAAAGAAAUAGGAUUGGAGAUAAGUCCUUGAAUUCAGUAGCUGUGAUAAGAUCUUCUUUUCAAGACAAAAAUAUAAACUGCAUCUCAUAUAAAGUAGGAUCAUUAGCAAGACAAUCUACGUAUUCUUCAUAUUUGUCAUAUGUAAUAGAAUAG